UUAUUCCGUAUGUAGUCUAUAGUGUAAUCUCUAGAAGGUCUUAUAUUUAAGAACGGAGGGAGUAUAAGAGUAUUUAGAUCAUUACUUUAAUAAUCUAAACGUCGUUGUAUUUCUUCACCGAAGGAGAGCGUUUUGGGAGGGCCCUUGACUGCAGUGGACUACUCCGGAUUGACUUUUGGAACGGUUGGGUCCAUGGAGCUGUUCCGCGUGGUUACCAAAGGUUGUUAACACCAGGCAGAAGGUCGCCGGCCGGGCUCGGGACACUUCGGUGUCAAGGACUGCAGAAGCUCUUGUCUGCCUGAGCCUUGGCAAUUGUCAAGGAUGGAGAGGAUGUCACGGCUGCCACUUUGGACGCGCUCUUGGAGCGGUUCAAAAACUAGUUGCCCCCGGAGAAGAUUUGGGCCAUAAGGGAGUUUUGCAUGCUUGAUGAUGGGAUUGCGACUGGCGUGCUCUCAUUGCUCAUGAAGGGGCUGAUGCUCUGGACCUCGAGACGGCGGACGUUGGAGAUGCUGUGCUGCAGGCAAACACCUAGUUUGGUUGCAAGUUCCUGGGCUAUUUAGAGCAUGUUUGGAACUGCUCUGCUCUUUAAAAUUCAGCUUUGCUUCAGAAAAGACAAGUCAAACGGGGUAGCUUCAUGAUAUGCUGCUCCGCGAAAAAACUAAAAUCUAAGGUACAGUUUCAGAGUUUUUAUGAACCUCUUAAGAGGAUGUUUCAAAAAACUCUAGAAGCUGGAGUUGAGGAGAAAUUACUCAUCACUGCCACCAGUAAGUGGAUACCCCUUCAUUUCUUUUUUCUCAAACAAUCAAAUAGAUUCUUUUCAUCAAAUUUUCUAUUCUUGAAGCUGGAGCUAAACGGAAGCCAAACAUUCUCUUGAUAGUGCUAUAGCUUCUAUAUGGAACUCCUCCAAAAUGAAUUUGAUGAAGUGAAGCUGAUUUUGAUGAAUUGAAGCAGUCCCUUAGUUUCUAAAUGUUAGAAGAGACAAAUACACUCAUGGUCACUAUAGUUGAGAAGAAAAAGUACAAUACGGUCACCGAACUUAGCAAUACGCUCAAUACGGUCAUCGAAUACGAUUUAACAUGAAAAUACGGUCACUGUAGCACGUACAUGGUGGGUUUGACCAACUCUUGACCGCCAUGUAGUUCGUCUUGAUUCGAUCAAUCUUGCAUGGUGGGGUUUUCUGAAAAAAAUCCAAAAUCCCUCAUUCUCAAAUCCCUAACCCUCUCACUCCCCGUCAAAUCCCUAACCCUCCCCCUCCCGUCGCUUCGCUCCGCCUCCCCUCACUCUGCCCUGCGUCCGGUCGCCGUUGCCGGCCAUUCCUGUCGAGGUAGUUCCUUCCCCGCUGGUGCUCAUGUCCGUGGCCAGCUCGUCCGUCUCUGCUAUCCGCCGUCGGGCAAUGGCGUUGCCGCUGGCUUGCUGCCCGACCUGCAAGGAGAAGGUGCGCAUGUACGUCUCCACAACAGAGAAGCACGACGGAUGGGUCUUCUACAAGUGCCAGAAGCAUGGGGUGACUUGUGAUUUGUGGCGGUGGGAGUUGGAGUAUGUCAAGUUCCUUGUUGACAAGCAUUAUCUCAGCGGCGAAGCGGCUGUUGAUGCUAUUGGUGUGGCUGAGGAACGCAGGGAGGAACUUCUUAAAGCACAAGAGCUGUUCUAUAUGAAUGGAUAUGUUAGCUCGGGUAAGAAGGUUUUGAAGAAUGACAGUGGCAAUCUGAUGAGCAGGCAGCAAGCUGCUGCACUGAUGAUGCUUGGAAAGAGCUGGUGAUGCUCAUUAAGAUGCUGGUUGUUGUUGUGGUUCUGCUAGGGGUUGCUGCACUGGUGUUGAUCAUGCUGAAGAAGUGAAGAUGCUUGUUGGCGUAGUGGUGUUUCUGCUAGUUCUUGCUGCUAGGUGAUGCUGCUAGUUCUUGCUGCUAGGUGAUGCUAGGUGUUGCUUUUGUUCCAUCCUGAUGCAAUGUAAUGGUGGUGGUGAACUCUGGUUUUAGCUGAUGUAAUGGAAUGUUAUGUGGCCGUCCUACCUUUUAUUUUAGCUUGAUGCAAUGGAAUGUUAAGUGCUAAUGUUCAUACUUUGUGUUGUUCUUGUUUCUGUCCAGAAUUAGGAAUGCUUGAUAUUUUUAA